CAAACUUGUUGCGAAUCAAUCAAUAUGUAUUCUUCAACUGUAUUAAGUGUUUUUCUUUUUCUUGCAAUUGUUGCUUCACCAACUCUUGCCUAUCCCGCUGAAGCAGACAAUCAGACAAUUGUCGAAGUAAUCACUGUUGAUGAUGUUUCCAAUCUGAAGGACCUUCCACAAGGAGCCAAGUUAAUUCCUUUGAGUCAAAGUCGGGCAACCAAGGGAACCAUUGUGUACACUCUUGGGCAGCGUGUUUCAUUGGACAAACUAGUUGGCCAAGGAGCAAAUUCACAAUCAUACAAAUCACCACAAAACGUUAAACUGCAAAUUCAGUAUCCUAACAAUCCAAAUGGCGGAGAUAUUGUAACUUAUGUUCGAAUUGAUGUUGACCAAAGCUCUAAUGAUGGACAAGCUUAUGUUUUGAGCGGCGGAAUUGGACAGCGCAGAAUUAUUAUUAUUGUUGAAGCAUACAACACUCUUUGGUUUAAUUAUAAUGUUGCAAUUUAUGCAAAAAAAUGAGUAAAGGAAAUGUACUAAUCUAUUGAAAAAUAAAACAAAUUUUUUGAACUUA